AAAUUAAAAAAUUAUAAAAUAAUAAUUAUCUACAUAAGAGACCUAUAAGAUAAAAUUUAUAACUACGCUAGCCCCGCAAUAUGCCCGGGCCACCGUGAUGACGCUGACAUUUUGGCGUGGAGCCGGUAGACACGGGGAUAAAGACCGGAGCUUAUCCUCUAAUAAAGAAGGUCGAUUGGCAUGGCAGUCGUACGUACUCCUCCACAGCAAUAAUCGGUUGUGGCGUCAUUGCAGCAGUAAGAGGAGAGACUAGAGAGAUAGCUGCAGAGCAGCGAAACCCAUCCAGAUCCGAUCGACAUGGCCGCCGGGGUGUUCGCGUCCAUGGCUGUGAAAUGGGCGCUCGACAAGCUGUCGUCGUUGCUGGCGCCGGCGGCGGCUUCUUCCUCGUCACCGGCCGUCGUCUGGCAGGGGCUGGAGGACCUGCGGAAGCUGGAGCGGACCAUGCGGAGGAUCCAGGCGACGCUUGCCGACGCGGAGGAGCACUGGGACGUCAGGGAGGAGUCCGCCAAGCUGCGGCUCAGGGAGCUCAGGGAGCUCGCCUAUGGCGCGGAGGACGUGGUGGAGGAGUACGAGUACGAGGUCAGCCGCUGCAGGUUGGGCAGAUCUGCAGCCAGCAGCUCCAAGCGCAAGCGCUCCGAGGUGAAUGAUGAACAAUGCACUGAGGUUGGAUUUGUCCCGGUUCCAAAUGAGCUGGCUGUCAGAGCAGGCGAACUUGUAAAAAGACUUGAUGAAAUGGAAGUCUACCAAAAGUAUUUUAGCCUGUCAGAAAAUGAUGGAGAGCGCCGGAUUAUGCCUGGUAUCCAAAGCGUGCGUGACACAGGCUGUUUCGUGGUUGAACAGAGCAUUGUUGGAAGAGAGUCAGACAAGCAGAAAGUGAAACAAAUGCUGAUGUCCAGACAGGGUAGCAAUGUUGCUAAUCAGUUCUCAGUCUUGGCUAUUGUUGGUAUGGGGGGUCUGGGCAAAACAACUCUAGCACAGCUUGUAUACAAUGACCAAACAGUGUCCCAGUCAUUUGAUGUCCGUGUAUGGGUUUAUGUUUCUGAUCAUUUUGACUCAAAGAGGUUGACAAAGAAAAUUAUUGUUUCUAUAACCAAGGAGAGCAAUGGGCUGUCUGAAUUGGCUGAUCUUCAGGACAUGUUAGCCCAGGAGAUAAUGGGGAAGAGACUUCUACUUGUACUGGACGAUGUAUGGAAUGAAAGAGGGGAUUUAUGGGAAACAUUUUGCAGGCCAUUCUUUGCUGCCCAACAAUGUAAGGUUCUAGUAACAACUCGCAAUGUGGCAGUAGCAAAAUUGGUGCAGACAAUGCCACACUUCACUAUGGACCACUUAAGUCCCGAUGAGUGCUGGAUAUUGUUUGAAAGAACAGUUACAGCACAGCAGAAUGUCAUUCCAGGUAAUCUUGUAGACAUUGCCAAGCAGAUUGUUGAGAAGUGUGACAGAUUACCACUGGCAAUCAAGACUCUGGGAAGCAUGUUGAGAUAUGAAACCGAUGAAAGGAGAUGGAUAGAUGUCAUUGAAAGUGAUCUAUGGGAUUUAGAUAAAGCACAGAAUGAGGUGUUACCGGCCUUGGAGUUGAGCUACAAGAACAUGCCCAUGCAUUUAAAACGAUGUUUUCUUUCCCUUUGUCUAUUCCCAAAAGAUUAUUUGCUUGACAAAUCUGAGGUUAUUGAGCUGUGGCAGUUACUUGAUAUUUUACAGGGUGAUGAGAGGAACAAUGGGGACGAAAUUGGGAGUCAAUGUUUUGAUGGACUAGUUGAGAGGUCAUUUCUUCAAUUAUCUUUGAAUGAGGUCGUCAUGCAUGACCUAAUCCAUGAUCUUGCAUGCCAUCUUUCUGGAAAUGAGUUCUUCAUACUUGAAGGUAACAAACCGGUUAAAAUUCCAGAAAAUGCUCGGUUUAUGUCCAUAAUCGAUUUUCAUACAUCUGUUCAGUUCUCAGCUCCCUCCCACCCUCUCUGGGCCAUUGUUGUGUUUGGGGAGGAACAUUCUGAAGUUAGUAAUCCAGACAUUCUUUUCUUGAACUGCAAAAAUCUGCGGGUCCUUAGCUUAGGUGGUAGCAACCUUGGUGAGGCAUUACCAAGGCACAUCAGUAGCCUGAAACUACUACGCCAUCUUCAAGGAGCUGAGAAUGCACCAAGUGGAAUUUAUCCCCUAACCAAUCUACAGACUAUUCCUGACAUAGAAAUCUGUAGAUGCGGUGAUAGUUUUAACUUAAUUGAGCUGAGGAACCUCAACCAGAUAAAGGAUCAGUUGACUAUACGAGGAUUGUGUAAUUUGUCUCAUGUCCAAGAUGCAAAUCAAGCUCAAUUAGUGAGUAAAAAGAACAUCCAGGUUCUAAUAUUAGACUUCAAUGAAGUGCACUGUGAACACAUGCUGCAACAAGAUUUUCUCAUGACUGAGGAAUUGGACUUAACCUCUACUCCUGAAGGGCGAUAUGAAAAUUUUCAGUACGAAGACAUGCAACAACCUAAAUAUGUUACAGUACCACAUAAUCAAAUACUUGAGACCUUGAGACCACAUGAGGGCCUAAGAGAACUGGAAAUAUAUGGUUACAAUUGUCAGAGCUACCCCAGUUGGCUGGGUGAUGCUUCAUUUUCAAAGUUGACUUACAUAGUAAUAAUUUCCGGUACACAUAAGGUAUCGCAACAAUGUGUUCCAACACUUGGUGAGCUGCCUUUCCUUAAGCAUCUCACGAUUAGACAGAUGUAUUAUGUGGAACACAUUGGAAGGGAGUUUUGCAGCCAUAUUGCUGGCAGCAAUUGCUUCCCGUCAUUGAUAACAUUGGAAUUUGGCAGCAUGCGACAGUGGUCCAAGUGGUUUGAUGUACAUGAUGGAGAUUUCCCAUGCUUACAAAGUCUAGUAAUCAGAAGAUGCGAGCGACUAACUACUCUUCCAUUGGAUCGAUUUUCUUCUCUGCACACACUGGAAUUGACCGUGUGUGGUGUCAUCAGUAUCCCUACUCAGCCCUCGCUCUUGCAAUUAUCAGUAUUUGAUUGCCCAGAACUAGGUGCAGUCGAUUCCAUGCCAGAACUCAACAUACUGGAUAUAAAAGGGUGUCCAAACCUGACUGCUGUGGGUUCCCUUCCCAAACUGAAAACCCUGAGUGCAGAUGGAACCCAGGAAGAUGCAACGCCGCAUGGUCAGCAGCCGGAUCAUCUCCCAGUGCUAGACACACUUUGGUCUAUUGCCAUGCACACCACCAUUCCUGCAUCACAUAACCUGGAAGAGCUAGCCAUUGUUAGCUGUGCUGGUCUGUCCGAACUUCCCACACUCCCAUCACUUCUGAAGCUGCAGAUAACAAACUGUCCAGACUUGAGUGUGGUUGGUUCACUCCCCUCACUUACCACCUUGUCUCUGUGGGACUCACUUCCUAAAGAUGAGGUAUUUUAUAGACUGUUGAAUGACCACCCAACGCUCAGCGACAUAACAAUCUGUUCUAAGACCAUCACGAAACUAUCUCUUCAGCCACCGAGACUGCCAUCACUGAAGAAGCUCACAUUAAGCUGUGUUAACCUCCAGUACUGUGAUGGCCUUGCUGGCCUCACUUGCCUUGACGGCAUAAAGAUUUCAGGGUGCCCAAAGCUCCGACAACAGCUGCAGUCUCCGGAUGUUCGGUGACACACUAGAUUCAAGUGCUAUUGAUCUUGGCAAUGAGGACUGACUUCGAGUAGUAUAUACUGCGUUUCAUGCAGUUUGGAUAAAAGUGAUCUGAUUAGAGUUACAUUCAGUGAUUCAUGCACAAGUUUCAUGUAACUGCCUCCCCAGAUUCUUGCUUUCAAAUAGAGUCCAUGUAUAGUAUGAUUUAUAAUAAUCCACUUGAUCUUUCAGUAUUUCUGUUGUGUUUAAAACGACAGGGUUCCCAUCUUACUAUUAAUAAAUCUAUGCAUAUUUUAUAAAUAUAGUA